AAAAUUGUAGGAUAACUCGUGGCUCUAAUUCCCCAUAGCAAAAUCUCUAUUUUGUAUUUUUCUCUUUUAAAAAAAAACUGUUCCCAAUUCGUUUAGUUUUUUAUUACCCCUUUGUCCUUUUUGCUCCAACGAUUCGCCAAUUGGAAUCAUUCUCCAUUUUCAAAAUUUUUACAAAAUGUCCCAUUCUCGAUUGCCCUUACCUCCGGCUGCAUUUGGGGUCGCGGUUAGGGUUUUCUAUAACUGAACAAUUGCGCGGUUUCCACCCCAAAAACGGUGAGCACAUUGAUGCGCGCGGGAAGAAAUUAGUGGAAAAAUCUAGCUUUUUCAUUCCAAAUUAGCCUAAUUUGGCUUACUGAUUUCAGGAAUGGAUGCAAUUUACUGGAAUACCAUCCUUGAACAGAAAAGAUCCAUCUUUUUCCGUUCAAUAGGAUUAUUCCAUUGAUGAAUUGGUAGAGCUAGCAUUUUUUUUUUUGAGGAGAAAGUAGGGUUAUGAUUCAGCAAAAAGGAAACAUUUGUUAGAAAUUUUGUUCUUGCAAGAAUGAGUUCGCAUUUAGCAACCCGAAGCUCGCUCGAGGAAAUGCUGGAGGUGCUCCGGCAAAGGGAUACAAAGCCAAAGGAGAAGCUGCUACCUGGAUUACCCUCUCGGCCAGCCGGUAGAGGUCGUCUUCCUUCUCAAAAGAGGACACUGCCGGUUAGUUUCGAGGUCAAAGAUACAGAAGAGGAUAGAGCUUUGAAGAUAUAUCAAGAAAUGGUACUAAGAAGUAGCAUAUUUGGAAGCAGGAGAGUUGGGAUCUUGGAGCAAGAGGAAGAAUCUCCUUAUGGUAAAAGGCCAGAGAUAAUAAACUAUGGAGGGAGGUGGGAAUGCGUUCAUGGGUUGGAUUCUACAAUGUUGGAUGAGAAGUUUAGUUGGGGGAAGAUGGCGGAUAAUUUGGUAACGAAGAAAUUCCGUGUGUGGUGUAAGCUUCCAGAUGGCAGAUGGAAGCUGGGGACUGUAAAAUCUGUCAAAGGGGAGGAUGUUAAUAUUUUACUUACUGAUGGCAAGGUUUUGCUCGUCUCCAUUGAAAAUGUCUUGCCGGCAAAUCCAGAUAUUUGUGAUGAUGUGGAUGAUCUAGUACAGCUUGGUUACAUAAACGAACCUUCUGUUCUCCACAGUCUAAAACACAGAUAUUCCCGUGAUAUGAUUUAUACAAAAGCUGGUGAGAUUUUAGUUGCAAUUAACCCCUUCCGGAAGGUGCCUCUUUAUGGAAACAGCUCCAUUGCAGCUUAUAAUGAAAAAUCUAUCACCACGUCACAUGUAUAUGCAGUAGCUGAUUCUGCAUUCAGAAAAAUGAUGAAAGAUGGAGCAAACCAGUCGAUUAUUAUCAGUGGUGAAAGCGGAUCGGGGAAAACCGAAACUGCAAAAAUUGCAAUGCAGUUCUUGGCUGCUCUUGGGGGUGGCAGUGGAAUAGAGCGUGAAGUACUGCAGAGUAAUAUUAUUUUGGAAGCAUUUGGAAAUGCAAAAACUUCAAUAAAUGAUAACUCUAGCCGAUUCGGGAAGCUCAUUGAAAUACAGUUUCUGGGUGGAAAAUUUUGUGGUUCUAGGAUUCAGACCUUUUUGCUGGAAAAGUCAAGGGUAGUUGGGAGAGCCAAAGGGGAACGAUCAUAUCAUGUUUUCUAUCAGCUUUGUGCAGGAGCUCCUGCCCUACUUAAAGAGAAACUGAAUCUGAAAGCAGCCCAUGAGUAUCAAUAUUUGAAGCAGAGUGAAUGUGUGAUAACCGACAACAUAGAUGAUGCUAAAAGAUUUCAUGAGCUGAUGGAAGCCUUGAACAUUAUCCAAAUAAGCAAUGAAAAGCAACAUAAUGCCUUUGCGAUGCUUGCAGCAGUGUUAUGGCUUGGUAACAUUGAAUUUUUAGUGAUUGACAAUGAGGACCAUGUGGAAGUAAUCUCAAAUGAAGGUGUAACUAGUGCAGCAAAAUUGUUGGGUUGCAGAGUUCCUGAAUUGAUGCUAACCUUAUCAACACGCAGAAUUCAAGCAGGCAGUGAUGAAGUUGUUCAAAGACUAACACUUUCGCAGGCAAUUGACACUAGAGAUGCAUUGGCAAGAUCAAUUUAUGCUAGCUUGUUUGACUGGCUUGUUGAGCAAAUCAACAAGUCACUUGAAGUAGGAAAGCUAUUUACUGGAAGAUCCAUAAAUAUUCUUGACAUAUAUGGGUUUGAAUCUCUAGAUAAGAACAACUUUGAGCAAUUAUGUAUAAAUUAUGCGAAUGAGAGACUGCAGCAGCACUUCAAUCGACAUCUUUUCAAACUUGAACAGGAGGAAUAUAUACAAGAUGGAAUUGAUUGGACAUAUAUUGAAUAUGUGGACAACACACAUUGUUUAAAUCUCUUUGAGAAGCCACUGGGAUUGUUCGCUUUAUUGGAUGAGGAGUCUGCUUCGCCCAAAGGAAUUGAUUUGACUUUUGAAUACAGGCUUAAACAGCACUUGAAUAGUAGCCCUUGUUUUAAUGGUGACACAGAAGGUGCUUUUGAAGUUUGUCACUAUGCUGGAGCGGUUUUAUAUGACAUACAUGGCUUCUUGGAAAAGAACAGAGAUCCACUAUCCUCAGAAUGUAUCCAGCUACUGUUAUCAUGUGAUUGCCAGCUUUCCCAGUUAUUUGCUGCUCGUAUGCUUAGUCGAUCUCAUAAUCAAGUUGGUUCCUCUAGGAGAGCAAGUAGUAUUUAUUCACAGAAGCAGAGCGUUGCAACAAAGUUUAAGGGUCAGCUGUUUACUCUUAUGAAGCAACUAGAGAACACUACACCUCACUUCAUACAAUGCAUUAUGCCAAACUAUAACAAGCUUCCUGGCGUAUAUGAGGAUAAACUUGUGUUACAACAGCUCAGAUGCUGUGGUGUUCUUCAGGCUGCAAGGAUAUCAAGGCUAGGCUAUCAAACUCGGAUGACACAUUAUCAGUUUGCUGAGAGAUAUGGCUUUCUCCUUCUGAAGAAUGUUGCAUCUGAGGAUCCACUCUUUGUUGCACUUGCUGUUCUACGGAAAUUCAGUAUUCCUCCUGAAAUGUAUCAAGUUGGUUACACAAAGUUGUUUUUCCGCAGAGGACAGAUUGUUUUACUGGAAAACAUCAGAAGCCAUACAAUGCAAAGAAUUCUUUGGGUUCAGAAAUCCCUUCGUAGUCUUCAAGGUCACCGGCAUUUUCAAGAGGUUAAGAAAGGAGCUAUUACGCUUCAAUCAUUUAUCCGUGGUUCAUUGGUGAGAAAAAACUUAAAAGGUUCAAAGACAUAUUAUAAAAUAGUUACUCGAGAGGCAGUCCAAAAUCAAGCAAACAAGGGGGAUACUGACAAGGUGAAUGUUCAGACUGGGGCUUCAGCAUUGGUGGAACUUGAGAUGCAGGUUUUAAAGGCAGGACUUGCACUGAGACAAAAGGAGGAGGAAAAUGUUCUUUUGAAAAAGCAACUUAUGGAGUAUGAGAUGAAAUGUUUAGACAAUGAGGCAGCAAUGAAGUCUAUGCAGGAGUCAUGGCAGAAACAAGUAAUAUCUUUGCAGGCAGUAAAGAACACUCACCAACCUGGACCAAAUGGUGGAAUAGGAAAAAACUCUGACAGCAUACAGAAUACUGUUGGUCCCUUGGUAAGAGAGUUUGAGCAUAGAAAACAGGAUUUUGAGGAUGAAGCUCAAGUAAUUAUCGAGGCAAAGCUACCAUGCUCGAGUAAAAACCCUGAGGAAGAGCUCCGGAAGUUGAAAUCUCGGUUUCUUAAAUGGAAAAAGGUUUACAAUGGUCAGCUAAAAGAUGCAAAGAAAGGAAUUCGUAAGCUUGUGGUCUCAGAUAGGAAGAAGGCGGUCUCAGACAAGAAGAGGACUCGUAGAAAAUGGUGGAAAUUGCGAUGGUGCUUGACAAAAUAGGAUACAAUUAAGAUAUCUGAUAAACUACUUAACCAAUUUAUGCAUUGUAUUUUUCUUUCUUUCUCCAUGAUAUUGUUUUAUGUGCAUAAGUGUGUUAUUUGCACGUUUGGGUGGUGCUUUGGGUGUGUGCAUGAUGGGUGGUGCUUUGGGUGUGUGCAUGAUUGUAAGUUGUAUAAAGUAUAUACACUUGAUGUAGAAAACUUUUGAGAUGUUACUUUCAUGAAUGUAAUCUCUCUCUUUUUCUG